AUGGCCGCCGAUCGUGAAGCUCUUUCGAGGACGAUUUCAGUAGCCGUUUCUACAGCAGUUACCGACACAUUGACUGCAACAUUAUCACCGGUAAGUAUAGAUAAUAUUUCACCCUUUUUGCCUUUUGAAUUUUCUAUGAAUAAAGAACAGUGUAUAACCGAAUGUUUGUAUUUUAUAAAUCUCAAUAGCAACUGCCUCCUGUUGACUCGCCAGCUGCUAUCUCCCAAGCCUAGCAAACUCUUUCUUCCACUGGCACUGGGACUGCAAGCAGUAGUCGGAUAAGGGAACAGGUGAUUAUGGUUUUAAAUCUUUUCAAAUAGAAUUUGGAUGUACAGAAGCGUAGGGGAGGGGGGUGCCGAUGAUUUUUUCCAGGUUCAGAGAUCAUCCUAGUUUUGGGUUUAUCACUGGCCAGCCCACCUAUGUGUUUAGGGACUGGUUAUAACAUACAGGGAGUGGGGGGGGGCUGGAAAAUUCAAGGUACAUAAUUUUUGGCAACCCACCCCCGUGAGCCCAUGCACCCCCAAAACAUUGCUAAAAAUAGUAAUGAUCCACCCCUAAUUUGAUAGUUUCCUCGAAACCAAAAGCGAGGGGAGCAAGGGAGGGUGAGCCACCAUAAAGUAAUAGUUAUCGAACCACUAAAAUUUCGUAGCAGAAAAGAACCUUGACUUAAAGUCAGCUUAUAUCCUGAGUUCACCUAUUGUAUAAAUGUCAAGCGUGCCUGGGAUUUCAACUCACAACGUAUGCAUUCCGCCUGAUCUAACUUCUGAAAACAAAUUUUUACAGGCCAAUCUAGUAAAUUAACCAGGAGAUUCUAGUAGACAUAAUACUGUCUGAUUUAAAUUUCAUUUUUUUAAAUUAUGCUUUUGAUGCCUGCAGGAUAAUGUUAGACUACCGUCAGCAUUUGAUCGACUGCAGAACAGUCACACACCUGUCCAGCCUAGAAAGAGAAGAAUGCAAAGCUGUAUUAAGCAAAAAGUUGUAAACAAAAAUAUUAUUUGCAUCCUACAAACUGAUGACCCAAGCAAAGCAAUACCUAUUCCAAGGGGAGAGAGUCGGGCACGCCUUGCUGAUGCAGGAUUAACAGGAAUAAUAGCCAUUAAUUCAAUUUGGCAGGAGGCAGAAGUAAGGUGUGAAAUCAGCAACUUGUUUGCUUCAGCAUUUGGCCUAUCAGAUGGAGGAGAAGUUUUGCCCUUUGUAUAUUUAAGGUAUUUAAAUUAA